AUGGGUGCAUCGGAAUCAUCUCUUUUAGGUUCCCAGUUUAAUCUUGGUAAGAAUCCCGAUGAUGGAAUCACCACCGUCUCCGAGCGUACACAAGGCGUCGACCCCAUUUUGGAGAGGCUUCAAUCCCUCAAAAUUACAACGCCGAUACUGACCUCAGCGCCGACAGAGAGUAGCUUGACUGACAUUUUGGUCAGGAAACCAUCUUCUAGCUCAACUUCUGGUAAUGUAAACCCUAAUGUUCUACUGGAGCUCUUUGCGAUGUACCGUGACUGGCAAGAGAAGAAGGCCCAAAAGAUUAUUCAUAGACAGGAAGAGAUUGAAAACAAAAUAGAAGUUGCAGAUGCUUUGACAGUUAAGCUUCUUCAACGUUUCAAUUAUUCGGUCGCUGCAAUGAAAUCAACCUCUCGUCAUCUGUCAGAAGUCCAUGCACUUCAAGUGGAGCUCGGAGAGUUGAAAGGAAAAUUGACUGAGGUAAUUAGCAAUUGCGACUCGUUAUGCAAGAGAAUUGCUACAGAGGGACCAGAAUCACUACAAUCUUCAAUCAAGCCUUUUACAGUAGCCUCUGUUGACGAAAAGACCAACUCUGUCUCGUCGUCUAUGCAACUACAUGCACAGGAAUCGAAUCAAUUGCCACAGCAGGACAGUUAG